CCUCCCCGCCCAUUCAGCUUCUCAUACACGUACAACAGCAUCCUUCUCGACCACCAGAAGAUCCAGACGCGCAAGGCAGUAAGCCGCGUCCGGGGCAAUUAUCACCUCUUCUUGCGCAAUCAGCCGCGGAAACCGCUGUUCAAUGUCCCGAUCGAGAGACAGGCUCUGGGGUCCAGGAGGACGUGGCGCGUGCCGAAGAUGAGG